UAGCGACAAAGCUCGGUCCGCUGUGGCCCGGGAGUGCGGGGCUCGCCGGGGUGCCGGGCGGCAGGCGGCGGGGAGGGGCAGAGCGCAGGAGGCGGUGGCGGGAGCAGAGCAGCGCGGCCGCGCCGAGCGGGCCGGGCCGACCGUGAAGGGCCCCUCACCUCCUCUUUCUUUCCCCUCCCCGUCCGCCCGCUCUCCCUCCCUUCCUCCCUCCCGUCGUUAUUUCCUCACGCCGGGAUCAAGCUCUCGCCUUGCGCCUCCGAUCGGCGAGCCGUUCCUCUUUGCCCGAGGCGCGCGGGGCGCCCCGGCGAGCCCCGCGGAUGCUGCUGCUUGGGGUGGUGGGAGCAGCCGUGGGACGCGUGGCCGGGAGCGGGGGUGACAGCCUGGGAUUCCGGGGGCUUCUCUUCCUUGUCUUCCUCCUCUCUGUAUUCCCAGUGUGGCCGUGGCUGACACUAAAGACUUUGUAGCCACCAACCAAGUGCAGUUUCAAUGGAAAAUGAAGCUGGCAGUGGUGGCCUAAUUUUUGAAAUGUGCUUUCUGGAAAAAUCAGCACAUGGUUGCACGUUUUCAAAAAAUUCCUAAUGGUGAAAAUGAGACAAUGAUUCCUGUAUUGACAUCAAAGAAAGCAAGUGAACUACCAGUCAGUGAAGUUGUAAGCAUUCUCCAAGCGGAUCUGCAGAAUGGUCUAAACAAAUGUGAAGUAAGUCAUAGGCGAGCCUUCCAUGGCUGGAAUGAGUUUGACAUCAGUGAAGAUGAGCCACUAUGGAAGAAAUAUAUUUCUCAGUUUAAAAAUCCCCUUAUUAUGCUGCUUCUGGCUUCUGCAGUCAUCAGUGUUUUAAUGCAUCAGUUUGAUGAUGCUGUCAGUAUCACUGUGGCAAUACUUAUUGUUGUUACAGUUGCCUUUGUUCAGGAAUACCGUUCAGAAAAGUCUCUUGAAGAACUGAAUAAACUUAUGCCACCGGAAUGCCAUUGUGUGCGUGAAGGGAAAUUGGAACAUACACUUGCACGAGACUUGGUUCCAGGUGAUACAGUUUGCCUUUCUGUUGGGGACAGAGUUCCUGCUGACUUGCGCUUGUUUGAGGCUGUGGAUCUUUCCAUUGAUGAGUCCAGCUUGACAGGAGAAACAACACCUUGUUCCAAGGUGACAGCCCCUCAACUGGCUGCAACUAAUGGAGAUCUUGCAUCAAGAAGUAACAUUGCCUUCAUGGGAACACUGGUCAGAUGUGGCAAAGCAAAGGGUAUUGUCAUUGGAACAGGAGAAAAUUCUGAAUUUGGAGAGGUUUUUAAGAUGAUGCAAGCAGAAGAAGCACCAAAAACCCCUCUGCAGAAGAGCAUGGACCUCUUAGGAAAACAACUUUCCUUUUACUCCUUUGGUAUAAUAGGUAUCAUCAUGUUGGUUGGCUGGCUACUAGGAAAAGAUAUCCUGGAAAUGUUUACUAUUAGUGUGAGUUUGGCUGUAGCAGCAAUUCCUGAAGGUCUUCCCAUAGUGGUCACAGUGACUCUGGCCCUUGGUGUUAUGCGAAUGGUGAAGAAAAGGGCCAUUGUGAAAAAACUGCCCAUAGUUGAAACUUUGGGCUGCUGUAAUGUCAUUUGCUCAGAUAAAACUGGAACACUGACGAAAAAUGAAAUGACCGUCACUCACAUAUUUACUUCAGAUGGUCUGCAUGCUGAGGUUACUGGAGUUGGCUACAAUCCAUUUGGAGAAGUGAUUGUUGAUGGUGAUGUUGUUCAUGGAUUUUAUAACUCAGCUGUUAGCAGAAUUGUUGAGGCGGGCUGUGUGUGCAAUGAUGCUGUAAUUAGAAACAACACUCUAAUGGGGAAGCCAACAGAAGGAGCCUUAAUUGCUCUAGCAAUGAAGAUGGGCCUUGAUGGACUUCAACAGGACUAUAUCAGAAAAGCUGAAUAUCCUUUUAGCUCUGAGCAAAAGUGGAUGGCUGUUAAGUGUGUACACCGAACACAGCAGGAUGGACCAGAGAUUUGUUUUAUGAAGGGUGCUUAUGAACAGGUGAUUAAGUAUUGUACUACGUACCAUAGCAAAGGGCAGACUUUGACACUCACCCAGCAGCAGAGAGAUCUGUACCAACAAGAGAAGGCACAAAUGGGCUCAGCAGGGCUCAGAGUUCUUGCCUUGGCUUCUGGUCCUGAACUGGGACAACUGACAUUCCUUGGCCUGGUGGGAAUCAUCGACCCUCCUAGAACUGGUGUGAAAGAAGCUGUUACAACACUCAUUGCUUCAGGAGUUUCAAUAAAAAUGAUUACUGGAGACUCACAGGAGACUGCAGUUGCAAUCGCCAGUCGCCUGGGAUUGUAUUCAAAAACUUCCCAGUCAGUCUCAGGAGAAGAACUAGAUGCAAUGGAUGUCCAGCAGCUUUCACAAAUACUCCCGAAGGUGGCAGUAUUUUACAGAGCUAGUCCAAGGCACAAGAUGAAAAUUAUUAAGUCUUUACAGAAGAAUGGAUCAGUCGUAGCCAUGACAGGAGAUGGAGUAAAUGAUGCAGUUGCCCUGAAGGCUGCAGACAUUGGAGUCGCAAUGGGUCAGACUGGCACAGAUGUUUGCAAAGAGGCAGCCGACAUGAUCCUGGUGGAUGAUGAUUUCCAAACAAUAAUGUCUGCAAUUGAAGAGGGUAAAGGGAUUUACAAUAACAUUAAAAAUUUUGUUAGAUUCCAGCUGAGCACGAGUAUAGCAGCAUUAACUUUAAUCUCAUUGGCUACAUUAAUGAACUUUCCCAAUCCUCUCAAUGCUAUGCAGAUUUUGUGGAUCAAUAUCAUCAUGGAUGGGCCUCCAGCUCAGAGCCUUGGAGUAGAACCAGUGGACAAGGAUGUCAUUCGUAAACCUCCACGGAACUGGAAGGACAGCAUUUUGACUAAAAACCUUAUACUUAAAAUACUUGUUUCAUCAAUAAUCAUUGUUUGCGGGACUUUGUUUGUCUUCUGGAGGGAGCUGCGAGACAAUGUGAUAACACCCCGAGAUACAACAAUGACCUUCACAUGCUUUGUGUUUUUCGACAUGUUCAAUGCACUGAGUUCCAGAUCCCAGACCAAGUCUGUGUUUGAGAUUGGACUCUGCAGUAAUAAAAUGUUUUGCUACGCAGUUCUUGGAUCCAUCAUGGGACAGUUGUUAGUUAUUUACUUUCCUCCACUUCAGAAGGUUUUUCAGACUGAGAGCCUAAGUAUAUUGGAUCUGCUGUUUCUUUUGGCUCUCACCUCGUCGGUGUGCAUAGUGGCAGAAAUUAUAAAGAAGGUCGAAAGGAGCAGGGAAAAGAUUCAGAAGCAUGUUAGUUCAACAUCGUCGUCUUUUCUUGAAGUAUGAUGCAUAUUGCAUUCUUUUAUUUGCAAACUAGGAAUUGCAGUUUGAGGAUCAUUUACAAGGGCAAAUUCAAGAAGAUAAUGAAGAUUUGAGAACUUUUUAACUUUUCAUUGACUAAACAUGAGCAUUAAUGUUAAAGACUUGAUUGGAGACUUUAACGUGCUGACAGUCCCAAAUGAAAUUAUGCAACUUUGAUAACAAAUUCCGUGAUUUAAAUUGGCUUUUGAGAUUGAGGGGAACUUUAUAAAGCAUAGGGGCAUUUAUUGAAUUAAAAAAAAACAACAGGCAAAACCUAAACCACUUAACGAGGUCUAACAACACAGAUAAAUACACUGUCUAUCUUAGAUAGAUAUAAAUAUUUUUUUUAAUUUUUAAAUAUUGUACUAUUUAUGGUGAUGGGGCUUUCUUACUAAUACACAAAUAAAUUUAAUUAUUUCAAAGGCAUUCUAUUCGAUUUAGAAAUUGAUUCCCAGGAGUGCCAUAUUCAGCUACUGUAUUUCCUUUUUCCUCCAGUGUAAGCAGCUCAUACACCUUGUGUUACCAUUUUUGUAUCUCAAGUUUUUUGCACAGGAUGUGACCACUGUCAAAUCACUGUUCUUUUCUUUCUUUUUGUGACUGAAAAGCCUAUACUGCAAUUUGAAGUAAAUGUUUGCUUUUCUUAGUAAGUAUAAAUGGUUGCUUUUUUCCUCCCCCAGCUUUGAGUCUUUGGUCUAGCAAAAUUCAUACAGCGCUGUCAAGUGGCUUUCUAGUUAGGGUAGUCAUGUCUGUAACACUUAGAGAGUCAAAAAUAUUUAAGACUGGGCUGAAAGUUAUAAAAACUUUUACUAACAUGCUAUGCCUUCUUUCAGAGUUAAAUAUAAAUAUACACUUUGUCAAAUAUCAUUUUGUCAUUCCCUAAAUAUAAAUCCAAGUUCCUCUCCUGAAUAACUGAAUUUUAUUAUUUUUAAUAUCUUUUUAAGCAUUUUUUAGGAAGUAUAGAGUGCUAUGCCUAGAGAGUAAAAAAGCCCCAAGACCCAACAGGUGGUGUCAGAACCAGGGUACAUGUGGAAGAUGCUGUGCUGGCCUUGCUCUCCAUGUAUCUGCAGCCUCUCCAGCCCACGUUGCAGCCCAACCCUGAGCCUGUCGCUUCUCCUGCUUACACUGCUUGUUCCUUGCCUUCUCUCUUUUCACUGGGCACGCUGGAGAAAUAGAAGGCUUCGCUCUUGUAUUGCUGUCAGUUUUUAUGGUAUUUGAUGAGGUAUAGGUAAUUUAUUUAGAAGGCAUGGUAGAUUUGGGCCAGAAAUUCAAAAUUACAAAUCCAUUUCCCUGUUAACUUUCUUUUUGAAACAGAAAUGGGUCUUAAAUUCGAUGUUUAAUUCUUCCUGAAGUGAGCUAGUUUUGUAUUUUAUAAUUAUUCUUUAUUUUUUAAACUGUCAGGGUAAAUCAAUGUGUAGUUUUUAUCAUCACUGUUAAACUGCCAGUGUUAGUACUGAAAUGUUAUCAGUGAUAGGGAAAGUGUCUGUACUUUGAGUCUGUGUUAGUGAAACUGUUGAGUAUAAGGAGAUGAUAUGUUUGCAACUUAUUCCACUUUACCCUUCAAGACUCAACAGUCAAAAAGAAAACAAAGACUCAGUAGUCAGAUCUCACUAGCUAGAACAUGGAGGCUGUUGUCUACUCAGCUUUAUCUCUGGUGACAUGAUGUCGUGCUCCUACAUUUUGUAAUGAUUUUUCUUUUUGUUACAAAGACUUGAAAUACACAUUAAGUGCACGUUAGUCUUUUACUUUUGCAUUGUAGGUUCAGAGUAUGACUCGUAUGAAAUAAAUGUGCCUGUUUGUUCAUUUGGUUUUUGGACCAGAAAAAAAAAAUGAUUUCGUAAGGUAACAACCUUCCAUUCAGGAUUUGUUAACAUUAAAAUCAUAACGACAUUGAACAUAAUGGGAAUUAAGCAGUACUCAGUACACAGAAUCUGUGAUUUAGAGAACGGAAAUGCACAGGACAGACAGACGACCAUAUAUCCAGGUUUCAGUUUUCCAUAGUACAACAACAAAUCAGAAUAUUUGUGUAUUUAUCUUCAAUAGUAUAUUAUCCACAUUAGCAUGAAUAAUUUAAAUGCUCUAGUAUUUAAAUUUUUAUUUUUUCAACCUCUUUUCUAGCCCUAAGAGACUUGCUAAAGUUCUUAACAAUAUUAACUUACUUGAUUUUUUUUUCUGUUAGACUACCUCAUGAAGUUAUUUGGCCCCAAAAUGAUUAAACAUGAGGAAGGUAAAGGCACUUGAAAUAACUCACCAGUUGGGUAGACAGGUGAUUAAAACUGGCUGCAAGGAAAUAAGGGUUAGUGUGUUCCCUCACACGUGCACUGAGUGCUUCACAAUCCAGAGAGGAAACAGUGUGAGACCAGGCAGCCUAAGAAAACCGCCCCGCACCCCCUCCCCAGUACAGGCUUUAUGUAAUAGCUGUGACCACGCUCACAAGGAUAAAACGCCUAUUUUUUUUACCAUUCAUACUUCUUUUGCAUUGGUAGUCUUCCUUUAAAUUUUGAUCUCUUUCUUGUAGUACUUAAAUAGAGUGAGUGUUGGCCAUCCUUCCAAUAGUUUCUCAGUGAAAUGGAUUGGUAGCAAACAAAUAUCUAAGAACCUUAAUUAAGUUUACCUUACUUUCUGCCUUUUUCACUUGGCAGUUCAUGAAUAUUUUACUUCCACGUGUGACUCACCCAAAAGUUUAGAUGAAUUGAUGCCAUUUCAAUUGGAUGAAUUGAUUGUCAUUUAUUUUGGAGCUGGAAUAUGCUAGGAAUAGGAAGGUGAUGGCACCCCUGCCCUCGAGGAGCUCACAGACCGGGUUGGCAGGGGACGUAACUGUUACCAGGCUGCUUCAUGAAUGGUGGUAGUGCACAUUUAUUUUAAAAAUACACGUAACAUUAAAGGGAAUCCAGCACACAUUUUACUGGCAGUUUACCUUGACAUUGGCAUUUGGAACUCUGAAGUGCAUUUUUAGAUGGAGCUGCAAUCCGAACAGUAGCUGAUUUGCAUACUAAAACAUGCCGUGUGUAAAUGUUAAUUCUGACUGACUGGUCUAUGACUGAACAAACACACCAUCCUGACAGUUGAGCGUCCUUGACUCUCUUGUUGGACAACUUCAUUUGGAGUUUUGGUUUUUAGAGUUGGUUAUUGUUAAAAAUUGGAUACCAAUUAACCAGUCCUUAAUGUUAAUGUAGAUAUAAUAGUCUGCAAAUAUUCUAGGGUUAGUUUAUAAAGAAUUAAGAGGUAAUUUCUUGUCUUUGGGAAGUCUUCAAUCUAACCCUGGAGACCAAAGUGAAACACAUCUAAUACACUGCUAAAUGCUGCCCGAAAUGCUACAGUAGCCAAAGGAGAGAAAUAACUUCACUGGAAGAAGUUGUCAAAGAAAUUUCCCAGAGCUAGUGACAUCUCAAUCAAGCCUUAAGUUGGGAAUCUCUAGCCAAGGAGCAGCAGGGCAUCGCAACCAAAUGGCAAAGCCUCUGCAGAGGUGUUGGUGAGGGCUGGAUGGACCAGGUGAAAAGCACAAGUAGCCUGGGGCUGUUAAGGCAGGAAAUUUGUAAUGUGAGGGGUUGGACAGAUAGACAGGGGCCUAGUGGGAAAGGCACUUGACUUGCAGCAUGCCAGGGGAUGUUAAGAGUGGGAUGUGAGUUUGGAUUUUUGUCCUAUAACAUGCUGAUGGAUGCACAGAGGCUAGAUAGUAAAAAACAAGAACAAAACAGGGAGACUGACUAGAGAAUUUAGAAGCUUAAAGGGUAGAGGGACUAACUGAGCUGUGGCAGUCACUGUGGAGAGAAAGGUAUAAAUAUCUAUCUUCUAAGAAAUAGCAUUGUCAUGAUGAGACAGUAAAGGAAAAGAUGGACGACAGCCCAGUUUCUGGCUCCCUGGCUUGGAUAGCAGAGCUGUUAGGAGAAUUAACAAAGUCUAGCAGCCUUUAGUGGGACACAGGUGAAUUGAAAAUGUGAAUUCUGUGGUGUCCUUGAGAUUUGCCGAGGGACAUGUUAGAUAGGUUUCUAGAACAGAAUGAAUUAAGCCAUGGCUGACUAAUUAUAAUGUAGUAGGAAAAUAAUUUCAUGUUACAAGCAUCUUUCUCUUUUUUUUUGUUAAAAUAAAGCAAUAAGUGAAUGCAAACUCAGCUUUGACACAAUAAGAUACUUUUUGAAAGUUGUUUCUUUGUAGAGUUAUGACUUAAGAAUCAGCAAGCAGUUAUAUAGGUUAGAACAUUUUAGCCUCCUUUGUUAUAGAGCUCUCAGACUGUGUUAUUAAGGCCACUCACUGACUAGAGAACACUGGAAAGAUUGGUGACACAACUUUUCGAUGUUUGCAGUAAGCACUUCCUUAAGAGGCGAGAGAAUGUAUGUAGCAAAGAACUGCAUAGCUCGGACUGAAGUUUGCAGUCGGUGGAUAAGUGACUAGCAUUAACUAGCAAUAAGUGAAUAGCAUUAACAUUAGAAGACAGUUAUUUGCUCCAAACAACUAAGUUAUGGCAGGACAGUAGAAAACUUGAUUUUUUUUUUCUGUUUUACUCAUAAUUCUUCCUGGGAUCUUUUUAGCCUCAUAUUCCACACAAAAUGCCAACACAGUCCACUUACUAGUCUUUUUGGAAACUCUUCCUUUAACUUGAAAUCCUUUUUCCUCUGCCUCAAUUUUCAGAAUCAGAAUUUUUACCUGUUUUUCAAAGACCAGCUGAAGAGGCAACCAGGGCGGCCUAACCAGAUCGCUGUAAGGAUGUGUGUGUGUGUACAGUAUAUAGUUUCUUGUAAAUACUAUUUAGAAUAAAUGCAGCUAGAAGCCUGGGUAUAAAAUUGCAGAUUUUAUUUUUUAGAAAGCAUUAAAAAUUUAAGUCUAAUAAGCCACUCCAUUGAUAAAUCUAGAUAGAAAUUGGAUCUUUUUUUCAUUCAAAAUAAAUUUAAGUGGUGAAAUUUGGUGAGGAAAGUGAAAAUUAUUUGAACCAUUAGUUUUUGUUGUCGUUUGUUGUUUUCUAAUUUUUUAAUUUUAAUUAAAUUAUUGGGGUGACACUGGUUAAUAAGAUUAUACAAGUUUCAGGUGAACAUUUCUAUAAUAUAUCAACUGUAUGUUAUGUUGUGUUGAGCCAUUUAGUUUUGAUCUUCAUGAAUUCCUUUCUGAUCUGAUCAUGCAAAUGUUUCUGUGUAUGCGUGAAUGUAGCUCCCUGUAUUUGCACAGGUACUCCAGGUAGCCAUGUCCAUGUGCAGAUCACUGUAUGUAUGCACCUGACUUUGCUGUUCCUGUCUCUUGUUGCUCAAGUCUAGGCAGAUUGACAAAUAUCCUGGCAAAGACCCACAUUACUGUGGUGGCUCCAUUGCUAAUGGGCCUGGCAGGACUUGGCAGGAAAGCUUUUCAUAUCUAAGUCAGGGUUGCCCCAUCACCAUUGUUUCUACAGCAAUAUUGCAUUGUUCUAUUUGUAACCCUCUGAGUAGAAACCACAUCUCACAGUACUAACAGUACACGGUGCUAGAAAAUGGGCACAUUGUUCUACAUGAGCCUACCGGUCCAUUUUUGAGCUCUGAGUAUUUCCAGCUUUUGAACUCAAAACAAGACAGGCUUUUAAAAACAGUUAAAAAAAAAUACCAAUUCACUCGGCUCUGUUAAAAGCAAUUUUCUAUUCAGGCUUUCCCAAUGAAAAAGUAUGCUGAUGUGCACGUCAGUUUAGAAGUGACAGUUUGGUGCCAUCCUGUGGUCAUGCCUUGUAGUGCCUUGACUAUUUUGCUCUUUUUCAUCCAGUCUGCAUCUUAAAAGCAUUAUAUGAGAGAACUUACUAUAUGAAUCUUAAAAAAUGUUAUCCUUGGAGUAAUAAUAUAGCCGACCUGAAACAAAUAGGUGAUAAUAGAAAAUGUGUACUUGAUAAGGAAAGAUAUGACAAACUUUACAUUUAAGGGUUAUUUGACCAUUUUUAGGGAGUUAAAAAUAAGUAUGUUUCCAUGUUUCAUUCUCACAUUCAUCCAUAUGCUUACAUAAUAGGAUUGCGUUAGAGUUUUUAAGUAUCUUUCUACAUGGAACAGGUCUGAUUGCCCCUGAAUUAGCAAGAGGUGUUACAAGUUAGGGAAACAAUUUACUUGAAUACCUCAGUACCUCCCUAACUCACCACAUGGGACUGUUGAUUUAGUUUUGGGAUUAACAAACUAUGGCCUGCAAGCCAGCUCUGCUGCCAGAUUUGUAAAUAAAGUUUUAUUGAAACACAGUUAUGUACAUUUAUUUACAUACUGCUUAUCACUGCUUUCAUGUUAAAACAGUUGAGAUAUUGCACCAGAGACCAUAUGACCCAAUAAGCCUAAAAUAAUUUACUUUCUGGCCCUUUACAGAAAAACUUGUCUACUCAUAUUCAGAAAAGAAAAUAGGCCUGUGCCUUGCAUCCCAUGGACCAGAAAAGAGGUGGCAUCAAUUUUAUUUCCUCCUGUCUCCCAGCAGGAUAUUCUUCCUGGGGCAGAUGUACUGGGUACCAGAUUUGGUAUCAGUGAUUCCUCUGAGUCUCCAACAAGGCUCUGAUGCACAAAAAGUCAGGGGGGUCUCAGUCUGUGCUCAGAACAUCUUGCUCAGGGAAGACAAAAUUUAGUAAUGGUAGAAAUAAAAUAUCCUGUCAGUCCAUUCUUAGUGUGAAACACAGUUUCUAAACUCAUUUUCUAGGAACAGAGCUUUCUAAACCAAAACACAUUUGCCUCUUACAUUUCUAAGGUAAAGUUAUGACAAUAUUCCUUAGUGAAUUUCUGUUACAGUUCACACUUGUCUUGUGACUUACUGUUUUACAAAAUGCAUUGUGGUUAUUAUAAUAGAUCAAUUCCUUUGUCUUUAAAAACAACCUGCAUAAAUCUGGGAGCUUGAAGGGCUAUAGUCCUUUAAAAACUUGGGUUUGUAGAUGUUACCAUUCCCAGAUUUUAACAUCAAGGACCCCACCCACCAUUUUUACCUCUCGUCUUCUGCAGUUUCUUGGGACUAGACAAGGGAAUAUCGGAAGCUUGCUCUCUUGAUGCCAUCCUUCCCAGUAGGGGCUUCAAUUGUUACAGCCAUUUCUAACUAUAAAAGUACAGUAUACUUAUUGGAGGCAUUUGUAAAUAGAGGAGAGAGGAAAAUAUUUCAUAAUCUCAAAGCCUCAAAGACUUUAACCUAGGCUCGACAUACCCACAAAAGAACCCCCCGAUUCUUCGCUUUCCAACUGCACCGCAUCCAAUGGAAAUGAAUGACAACCAAAUAGUAAAUUUCAAAACAGAGGGUUCCUGCCAGUAUCUUAAUGAAGGCAUGAAAAUGCUGAUUAGUAUAGCAGUUUUAGCAAUAAUUCAUAGGAGUUCUCACUGGCAUAUUUACAACUCUCCCCUCCCCUGUUAAGAAUAAUUUUAAUAUGUAUUUACUCAAAGAAAUGUUAUCAGAGCAAGUUCACCUGCUGCCAGUAGAUUAAUCCACAUAACCCCUCCUGUACCAUGAAAUUGAUUACUCUGUAUCCAUGAUAGUAAGAAUUGAGGCAUUGCAGAGCAGACACACAGUUAUCCCUGCCGACCGCCCUUGAUUGUGACACACAUGAAUCAGACAGAGGAAGACAGGGACAGUAAUGCCUAGGUGGCCACUUGUCCACCUCAGUUAAUCCUUCAGAAAGCACUAAAUGCUAAAAACACUCCCGGGAAGUUUUCAUAAUCUUGUAUGGUAUAACUCAUGGGGUUACCAGCUGGUGUGUUUGUGAGAGGCUGCAUUUGGCUAGAGUGAAUUGUUUUUGAGGUCUCAGUGCAUUUGUCUAUUGGGUGAUUUCAUGAUGGGUGAUUUACAAGUGCACCUGCCUACACUGCACUUAGUGUUCAGCAGUUUUUUUUACCAAAAAUGGCAUGACCUCUAUGCCCUACCUACCCUAUUCAUCUGAUCUUGCUGUGAGCGACUUUUUUUCCCCUGGAUGGAAAAAGUCCUCAAAGGGAGAAGUUUUGCUGAUGUGGAAGAGAUGGAACAAAAAAUGGCAGUAGCUUUAAAUGUUAUCAGUAUUUAAAUGUUUUAUGCCCAGACCAGACUGGUGUGGCUCAAUUGGUUGGGUGUUGUCAUCUUGCAAAGCGAGGGGUUGCCGGUCCAGUUCCCAGUCGGGGCACUUGUCUGGGUUGCAGGUUUGGUUACCAGUGGGGCACAUGCCAGAGGCAGCUGAUUGACGUUUCCCUCCCUCUUUUUUCCCCUCCUUCCCCUUUACUCUAAAAAUAAAUAAAAUCUUUUAAAAAACUUACGCAUUACAGUAUGUUCAUGUGAAAUUUGAUUUCUUUCUGCAGACUGAAUCUAGUGAAACGACUGGAAACACUUUUCCACGUAUAAUUACAUUCAUAUAUUUCCUGUUUUAAUAGCCUGGAAUGGUAUACUGCCUGGUACAGUCAGGCCUUUGAAUUUUAAAACAUGUUUUUUCAGCCUGAAGUUUUUAUCUUCAAAUUUUUACAGCCCAGUGGGCUUAAAUUUUAGCAUUAUUCAGUCCUGGAAAGAUGCCAAAGCUACUUACCCUGUAUGGCUAUGGCCGAGGCAGUGGUUGCUAAAAGUGGGGAAGCACCUUCUUAAUUCAUCUGUCCAAAAAAAUAUUUAAUUUCAAAUUGGUACAAGGUGCAAAAUCAUUUUCAUUUUGUCUUGACUCAAAUGUGUCAACAAAGACAUUAUGAGAUAAAUACCAAGAACCCCAAAUACCACUUCACUAAAAGCACCAAGGUCACUAUGUUUGGAGUAGGUACUAGUGAAGUACUAAUGAGAGUUUGUCCUUUUUCAGAAGUGAAGUUAUUCCUACUGGUCGUGGGAGUGACUGUGUUCCAGGUGCUACUCCGGUUCAUGCUGUGCCGGCCAGCUAAAUGGCAUGUGCUGGAGAGUGGUACCCAGUGAACUCGGGAAACCUAAGGGGGGGAAACUAGGUUUGGCUUCCUUAGGUUAUUGGGUAGGGCCAGGAUGUAACCCUGGCAGUUGCAGGAAGAGGAAAUUUCCAGGAAGUGGGAAGAUCUCUUAAUUUUUUCUUUAAACACAUCCAGGGCUCUUUCAAAUUAGGUUUAAAAACACUACAGAAAAUUCCUUGGUAACAAGACAAAAGGGCAGGAAGGGCAUUAAGAACUCACAUAGGGAUUGUUCCUUCUGUUUUUUUUCCAUCCCUUUCUGAGGUUGUGCUUAGCUGCCUGUUCAUUUUUUCGGCACUUCUCCACUCUGCAGUGUGGCUUCAGCCUAACACCUCUGCUGAAGUUCCUUUAGCAUUCUUGUUUUCUUAUCUUUCUUAUUUUAGCCAUAGUUGAUAGUGUUGACCUGCUUUGCACCUGCAAAAUUCUGCUCUUGGCUGUGGCAUUCACUGAUCUCAGGGUGCCUUGAUGUUUCUGCUCAGCACUCCUUUUUCCUAGUUCCCUUGCUUUGCCCUUGGUUUUUCGUGUAUGGAUGUAGCAGGAAUGUUUUGUCAUUUGUUGCAUGUUUUCAGUACCAGGUACUGUACUUAAAGGCAUGUCAUUUUAUCCCUAGAUAAUAAUUUGAGCCAUUCUGAUCCUGUUUUACAGACAGGGUAACAGGCAUAAUCAUGGGUUCAUUUAUUUUAUGCACAAAGGAGGGAAAGAUAAUUCUAAGAUCCUUCUAGCUAUAGAUGUCUUUAUCUUCUAAAACUGUAAUUUGAAUUCUUUUUCUCAGGGCCAGUUAUCAUUUACAGGAUAUAUAUACAAAAAUUCCUAGAUCUAGAUAUCGCUAAAAGGGCGUAUAAAAAUGAAGUUCAAGUAUAAUUUUAGGACAAUUCAGAAUAUGAUUGCAUUACAGUGUUUUUCUCUCUCCAAAUUUAUUUCUAAAAUUUACCCAUUUUAGUUCUCCAAAAUUCCUUUUGUCACUUCACUGCUUACUGAAGACACACAUUUCCAAAGUCUCAGGUGAAAUUUCAUUCCUAGAACUCAAUAAGAAAGAGCAAGUCCUGAAGAUUUAAUUAAAAACAUAGGAAACAUUUUAGAAAUGGACUAUGGGACAUACAAUAUUCUGCUUCAACAGAUGCUCCCCUGGCUUCCUGUACCUCAUUUGAAUUACAUCCUGUGUCUUAAAGCCAAGCUCAUCUGGUGACUGCUGUCUCAUUGUAGGGUCCAGUCUGCGCUUUGCCAUUUUGCAUUUGACAGAUUGCUUUGUAAAAUAUCCUCCUAUUUCACUGUGUGUUGUCUCUCUAAACAGCUUAUGUCUUCUGGGGGUCAGGUGCUGUCCUUGUUUCUUUGGUAACCCCCUUCAGAUAUCUUGUGGAGUGCCUGUGUUCUCUAUUAAUACAGAAGAUGCAUACUAGAGUAGGUAACUUUCCUAAAUUCUCACAGAAGAGUUAAUGGACAUUGUUAGACUUUUAACUGCUGCAAGGCUAGGUAAUCUCAAGUGAAUGGCUGUGAUUGAAAUGACUAUGGAAGGGAGCCUGACUUCUCAGUCUACUGAAGGAGGGUCCUUUUGUUAGAAGAACUUUUAAAAAUGAAAGAAAAAGAUGAUUGAUAUAAUUCAGUUGACUUUGAUUUGAACUCUGUUGCCCAUACCCUCUUCAGUGUAGUGCCUGUGAAGCCAGAUAUCACCAAAGGGGAAGUGGGAAUGAGUGGUUUUCCAUGCAGGGUUGGUGGUUUUAAAAAGCAGUGUUGAUGAGCCAGGAUAUAAGACACCUGUAUUAGUAUAGUUUCCUGAUUGGCCCCCAACUCCAGAAACCAAGGAAAAGGUUUUUUUGAUACAACAAGGUCUUAUGUGCUUCUAGUCCAUAUUAUAUCCACUAUUUGCUGGCAACCUACAUUAUCUUCUCAAAAGUCCAUGGAUGUGACUGCUCUUUUCUUGCUUCUGGGAAAAACCAUUUCUUCAGAGACACUAAAAACGUGCUCACUAAGGAGCCCUGUGCACUCUUCCUAGCAUAAUAAACACUUUUUUUUUUUGUAAAUUUCAAGAACUCAUUGGAAACAGAAGCCAGUCUUUAGGUUGAAAACUUUAGGAGCAAAUGAGAUUGUGUUUUUGCCUUUUGGAAGUGGCUGAAGCCAGUUAACACUUGAGAGGUUUGAGUGUAACACUGGCUGAUGCGGGGCUUACUGUCUUCUAAGAGUGAGUGUGGGACUGCUAGGGAAGUGGAGAGAAUUACCAGAUUUUGGGGACUGCAUACGGGCCUAUUCAAAAUGGCAGCUUCAAACCACAUUUAGCGUUAUUACUCAUGGAAUAUAACAGUGAGCAGAGAAGAAAGGAAUAAUACAAUUUGUAUGAAUACAAAUUAAGGUCAGAGUAUACUUUGAACUCUUGCCCCAAUGUAUUCAUGCCCCACCCUUUUUUAUUUUGAAGUUCUUUAUUUGGAACAGGCCCGCACUUUCACACUUCUGCUGGUGCUUGGAAUUGUAGCUGCUUCCAUUGUGUUCCAGAGCAGUGGCUUUCAAAGUCUUUUGACUGCAGUCCACAGUAAGACAUCUGUUUUGCACAACCAUCUAAUAUAUAAUAUGCAUAUCUGAUAUUUUCUAUUAAAAAUGCUGGUUAUGGCUCAUUUACUUCACAUCCCAUAAAUAGGUCAAAACCUGCAGUAUAAGAAAUGGCCUAAUUUUUAAAUUUCUUCUUAAUGUUUCCUCCCAGAUCUAGCAGCUCAGGAUGCUGCUGCUUAUUUUGUUGGGGCCAUUUGGGUUUCAACCUGUUUUAAAACCUGGAACAUAUCUAAAGCGCUCAUCAACCUGCUAUGGCCUCCUUUACUAAGUAUUUAAAGGUGUAUAGUUUUCUGUGUGGCAUCCUGACUUCUGUUUUCCAAGGCCCAUGAAUAGGGAACAGUUGUAAAAACAUUAAAAAAAAUAUAACCCAGCU